AGAAGAUAGACUCACUAACGUGACAAAUGUAAAAAAUAAAAAAACCUCGACCGGCCCAAAAGUGAAGCGGCCCACCGGGAAUCCUCCCGGUUCUCCCGAUUACCCACUCCGGGCCUGCUUGUGAGGCACCGUCGUCCAGAUUUCUGUUGUGCUUGCAUAAUCUUGGCCUUGGCAGGAUUUGGGGGAAAAUGGCCCAACUGAUAAACAGUGAUGUGUUCCUGGCCUUCUCCACGUAUGCCACCAUCGUCGUCCUCAAAAUGAUGUUCAUGUCCUUUCUGACUGCAUACUACAGGUUUACCAGAAAGGCCUUUUCAAACUGGGAAGACACUAAAUUUGGUAAAAACGCAGAAGAAAGAAAAAAGAUGCUUCAGACCCAUCCUGAUGUAGAGCGUGUUCGAAGGUGUCAUCAGAAUGACCUGGAGAACAUCAUUCCCUUUGUGUUAAUCGGUCUUCUGUACGCUCUCACGGACCCGGAUCUCUCCACGGCUCUGUUGCACUUCAGGGUGUUUGUGGGGUCACGGUUUAUCCACACGGUGGCUUACGUAACGUCUAUCCCCCAACCCAGUAGAGCUCUGACCUGGCUUGCGGGAAUGUUGACAACCUUCUCGAUGGCAUACCGGGUCCUCACUACUGCACUUUACCUUUAAUUUCCCCUGCAGGGGAGAGGUGCUUGCUUUAAAUAAAUGUUUUCUUAAAUCAAGAAUCAUUUUUAACUCUUUGCAAUGUGUAAUAAAAUCAGUUUAUCUGUA